AUGGGGGCCAAAUCAUAUCAACCUCUAUUUGCGUUUCUCUAUGUAAAUUUUGCUGUUAUUGCUUUUGUUUUAUACAAAUUGCUUGUUAAUUACACUCCAAUUAUUCCGAAAACAGAAAAUUUAUUAUGUGAUUGGAAUUCAUCAACAAAAGUUGGUGGAACGAAAAGAGAUGUUGUUUUUCUUUUUGCAACUGCAUUUGGAAAAGGUUUAACUCUUUGUAUCAAAUCUUUGCGCUCAACGGGUUCAAAAUGCAGAAUAAUUCUAUUUGUUCCAAAAUCAAUAUACGUUCCAGCAGAAGAUAUUGCUGGAGUUUUGAAAUAUUCCGUAGAAAUCGAAUACAUAGAUCUUCAUACUCGAAAUAAAUUGCAAGUACCUCAUAUGGACAGAUAUGAGCAUGAGCUUGCAUGGCUUAAUGCCCACUUCAAAGAUGUUGACAGAGUUUUACACACUGACGCUUUCGACGUUUUCUUCCAAGGAGAUCCAUUUGCUGAGUCAUUAAAGAACGAUACAUUAACCCUAGCGUUAGAACCUCACCAAUUCAAGUCUUGCGGCUGGAAUCUUGCUUGGUUGAGAGAUUGCUACGGUGCUACUGUUCUUAGCCAGCUAAAUCAUAGGUUUAUAUUAUGUAGUGGCUCUAUUGGCGGCUCUGCUUACGAUUACGUAAAAUUAUUGAAUUUAAUGACGACAUCUAAAGAAUGGAUUACAUGCUGGCAAUCGAGUAUGGACCAACCUAUCUUAAAUUACUUGGUUUGGACUGGUGCCUUAAAAGAAAACGGAAUUAGAUACAAAAUUACAGGUUGCAAUGAAGGUUUCUUCACAAUGCAAUGGUGUGUGAAGAUGAGAGAGAUCAGAUAUAACCAAUACGGACAGAUUAUUUCUCUUGAAGAUACUGUUCCAUUUUAUUUGCAUCAAUAUAAUAGAUUCCCUGAACUCCAGCAUUUACUUUACGAGAAAUGCGGUCUAGAAUAG